AUGGGCUGAUUAGCAAAUAGAAACGAGAUAAGAAUGAUGUUGAAAUCGAAACUGACUUGGAUGGGAGCAUUAAGCCAGGAUUGUUUCGAGCUAACGCUAGCAGGGUUGCACUUUAAUGGCGAUGAAGGCACCUUCCUGGUUGUCCAAACUUAUCACAGAUCUCAUCGAUGAGGAAGAUCUAAAUGUCUCGCCUCUGGCCGCAUAUGCGGCAGAAACGGGAAAAACCCCGCGAACACCUAAUCUCAACAUUGGCCUCUACCAACGACAACAGUUUGAACGAAUUAGCCGAGAGCUACCCAAUCACAGCUUUUUCGAGGAUGAUCAACCUCUGUCCUUUGGGCCCAUGACCCACAGAAACAUGAGCACGAACUCCUCCAGUAAGAGCACAAGCUUUGAGACCCUGCCUCAACAUGAGGGCCUCUUCUUUCAUCCCAUCGACGAGAGCCAGCAGAGACCCAUGAAUAAGAUCAAUUCGUCGCCCACGUUCUCUUACCAAACGCCUCCAACGGGCAGCAGUUUCAGUCAAACAAACUUGGAGAACUCGUCCAAGUUUCGAUCGGAUACGCCGGACUAUCCGUCAAGUUCAGACCUGAUCGACGAGCGCACCUUGGGAGGUAGAGCAUUCUCAGACAUGUCCACCAAGUCCUCAACCCCCAGCUCUUUGACGAGUUCGAUUUCCUCAUCGCCCGUGCAGAUGCUGACCAACCACAAUCAGAAAUCGCCUCGAAACAACACCUCAUCUCGAGCCAGAAAUUCGUCUCCGGACAGCAGACAAAGUCAAAGCUACCACCACAUUUCGCAUGGUAAUAAGAAGACCAUUCUCUGCAAGUACUACAUGAAAGGCAAUUGUGUCCAUGGCGUCAAGUGUGCCUUUGCCCAUGGGGAGAAGGAGCUCUUGGUCACUCCACAGGACAAGGAAAACCAGAGGCAUUCCAAGGUCAAAACCAAGCCCUGCAAGAACCUUCAUGAAACGGGCUACUGUCAAUUUGGAACCAAAUGUUUAUUUUUGCACAGUCCCUCGGAGGUGACCAGAACGAAGAGUCCCAACCAAUCGCAAAAUGUGGAAAAGCUCUACAAGACCGAGCCUUGUCGACAUUUCUUCAAGACCGGCGUGUGUAUGUUUGGUGACAAGUGUAUGUUUGCUCACGGGCAAUCCGAGCGGCGAGACAAGUUGCCCGUAGUUGGGGCAGCGUCGCUCAAGGACUGAAUGAAUUUUGUUUGUUAUCGAAAUAUCUCCCACUUGUCAUAAUGCCAUCCCUCUUCCUUCAACCCGAUAUUUACCUUUGCUAUUGUGAAAAGUCCAUAAAAUGAGCUCAGUCAACGCAGGCUUUUUCCUGUUCCUGUUCAUUGGCCAAAAGGGAAUCUUUUGAAACACCUCCAGACACCCCUCAUUGCCAAAGGCUCUGAGACAACUAUUUUUAUAAGAGGUAAAUCUGAGCAUGCCAGCCAGCUCCUGGUAGUUAUAAUUGUAAAUGAAAUCCCCCCACACAACCGCAACCCAACCCGCCUAUCUUUCCGGAUAGAGCGGACCCAGUAUUGAAGAAAGCUCUGAAGUCAUAAAUCAAAGUUGAACCUUGACGCUUUAACCCCCAUGAGCUGGGCGAUAAUGCAAAGAAAUUACCGACGAAUUCCGAGAGCAUGGCUUUGAAAGUCGCCACUCUGUUUUGUACUGAUAUCCCUGGUACUUACCACAUAUACCAACCAACCAACCUUCCUUUUCAUCAUUACUAGUAUCAUCACCACCAUCAUUAUCACUACAACUGUUUUCAUUACUUCUUUCUUUUAUCGUUUCUGAAAUCAUGUUAUUUGACAUGUUGCUUAUUGUUUAUACUUGGAAUUCAAAGCAAUAUGUUUCAUUAUUUACUGCUUUAUACAUAAUUCUUAAAACCUAGAACGAACCCCUAAUGGACAGUUGGUAUCCGUUAAGUAUAUGCGUAACUGAACUGCGUAUGGAACUUGUGGAAGAAGUCUAUCUGACUGAGAUAUGUUUCCCCUUAUACCUUUAGCAUAUUUCUAUUACCUUAAUUACACAUACCAUUAACACGGUGUUGUCAUAACUUAACGAUAACGAAACAUUACUAUAUAUCCAGUAAGUAAAACACAAAUUGCAUAUAAAAUAGACACAUUUCCUCUCCCCCCUCUUUCCCCCUCAAAAAUAUAUAUACAUAUAUUAUUAUAUUACUCUUCUGUCUGUGUAUGUCGAAAUAUCUGCAAUCCUAAUCUGUUUGUGAGCGGCUGUGAACUCCCAUCAAGAUGAUUGAUUCUACGAUAUAUUUUUUCAACGCAAAUUGAUAAAAGAAUUCUUUAUAAUACCAAAUGCACGUUGACGAGGUCAAUUGGUGAGACGGAUUUUCAUCUAAAACAAUAAGUGAUCCAGUCUAUUUUGUGUAUGAUGCUAUAUAAGUCGAGAAUAAAUGUAACGUGAUAUGUCAGUUAUAUAA